GCCCUGUCACUGCUACCCAUUCCUACCUGCACCCUGCUUUUUCCUUCUUGUCACACCUGUGUUAUUUUCUCCCCCUCCCCAACUCCACCCCCUGUGCACAAUGCAUAAAGGAUGGAAAAAGUACUGCGGCCAGAAGUCUCUGAAUGAGGCAUCAAUGGAUGAACAUUUAGGCAGCUUAGGGCUGUUUCGAAAGCUGACUGCCAAGGAUGCCUCUUGCCUCUUUCGGGCUAUUUCGGAGCAGUUGUUUUGCAGCCAGGUCCAUCACUUGGAAAUCAGGAAGGCUUGUGUCUCAUAUAUGAGAGAAAAUCAACAAACUUUUGAGUCUUAUGUGGAGGGAUCUUUUGAGAAAUACCUGGAACGGUUGGGAGAUCCCAAGGAAAGUGCUGGCCAUCUGGAAAUAAGAGCUCUUUCUCUAAUUUAUAAUCGGGAUUUCAUUCUUUAUCGCUAUCCUGGCAGGCCUCCAACUCAUGUCACAGAUAAUGGCUAUGAAGACAAGAUUCUACUCUGCUGUUCAAGUAAUGGUCAUUAUGAUUCAGUGUACUCAAAACAAUUUCAGUCAAGUGCAGCUAUUUGUCAAGCUGUGUUGUAUGAAAUUCUCUAUAAAGAUGUGUUUGUUGUGGAUGAAGAAGAGUUGAAGACUGCAAUUGAAUUGUUUCGAAGUGGUUCCAAGAAGAACAGGAACAAUGCUGUGACUAGAAGUGGGAAUGUCCAUAUUGACUCCAAGAGUUCAACUCAGGAUAGGACUGAAGAGUUGGGUGCCUGCUGCAAUGUUGAAAAUAUACCAGCGGGGUACAAUCAAGGAACAGAAGAAGCAGAGUCUCCAAGAAAUCCAUCAAAGAUGCUCUUCCCUUAUAAGGUGCUCAAAGCCCUGGAUCCAGAAAUCUAUCGUAAUGUAGAAUUUGAUGUUUGGCUGGACAGCAGAAAAGAACUUCAAAAAUCUGAUUAUAUGGAGUAUGCUGGGAGACAGUACUAUUUGGGAGACAAAUGUCAGGUUCACUUGGAAUCAGGUGGAAGAUAUUAUAAUGCUCAUAUUCAGGAAGUUGGAAAUGAAAGCAAUUCUGUAACAGUCUUCGUUGAAGAAUUGGCAGAAAAGCAUGUUGUUCCACUGGCUAACUUAAAACCACUUACCCAAGUAACACCUGUUCCUACCUGGAAUGUUACACCCAGUAGGAAAGGAAGAGGUUACCAGAAAAUUUCCUGCGGCUGUGUCCCAGAAAUGGCUAUGUCAGAGAUGGACAUGAAGCAACGGAGGAAGAUGUUCAAGAAAAUUAGAGGGAAAGAGGUUUAUAUGACUAUGACUUACAGCAGGGGAGACCCCCUCCUCCCACCCACGCUUCAGCACAGUAUGCGUUAUGGGCAUGACUCUCCAAUGCACUGCUCACAGACAGCUGGCGGUGUUAUGUCUAAUGGACGUUUUCAUCCUCAACAUUUAUCUCAGGGACAAGGUCGGGGAUAUGGGACGCCCAGGGAUUCACCUCGCUUUAUAAACAGGCACAACAUGGCAGGCCCUAAAGUUGGUUUUUACCCUGGCUCGGGUAGAAGGUGCUGCCAGAGCUAUGAUAACUUCUCCUAUAGAUCUCGUUCCUUUAGACGUAGUCACCGCCAGAUGCAUUGUAUGAAUAAGGAGUGCCAGUUUAGCUUUGUUCCAGAGAAUGGACAGAUGCCCAGGGGCUUGGAAGAAACCAUUACUUUUUACGAAGUUGAAGAAGGGGAUGAGACGUCUUAUCCAGCUUUACCUAAUCCUGGAGGGCCCUCUACAAUGGUUCCUGCUACUUCGAGAUACCAUGUUGCAAGGCGAGGACAUAGCUCAGGCAAACAGACUCUGAGUUCAGAGGAAGGUGAUGGCCAGAGUGACAGUGGGGGAUAUCAUGAAGAAUAUAUUUAUCCUUCAGAACAAGCCUAUGAAACUUCAGGUGUUUACAGCACAACUGAAUCUACAGCAAACUUGUCUCUUCAGGAUAGAAGACCAUGUUCUAUGUCUCCUCAUGACACAGUUACCUCAUACAACUACCCCCAGAAGGUGGUGAUGGUAAAUUCUGCGGUAGUUGCAGCUUCCUGUGCGAAUAUUAUUCCAGCUCCAGUCUUGCCUAACUGUGCAGCAGCUAAUCAAGCUAGUGGUACCACUUCAGUGUCCUCACAGAAUGCUCUACAGCCUCUGUUUGUAUCUCCGCCUACACAAGGCAGGCCAGCACCCUAUCCAUACCUGGCUGCUCCUAUUCCCGCCGCUGCUGCCUUUCUACCACCUCCACCUGCUCCACCACCACCUCCUCCUCCUCCUCCUCCUCCUCCUCCUCCUCUUGAGGUGACAGACGCUUCAAACUUCCCACCACUCCCUCCCCCUUAUUCCUGUGAUCCACAUGGCAGUGAUCUGCCUCGAGAUGCAAACGUUUUGCAGUACUAUUUCAAUCUGGGAUUGCAGUGCUAUCACCACAGCUUGUGGCACUCCAUGGUCUGUGUGCCGCAGAUGCAGCAGCAGCUUCAUGUAGAGAAUUAUCCAGUCUAUACUGAGCCGCCACCUCUGGUGAAUCCCACCAUUCCUCAGUUAUACAGUGAGGUGGGGAGACAAGAUGGCACAGCGGCAGAUGUAUCAGCACAUGGAAACAAAGAGGGAGGAAAAAGUCUCUUGCCUCUUCGGCAAGUCCAGACUUUUCCCAGACUCCCUCCCGGCUAGCCGUGGUUGGUUCACGCGGACAACGCCAUUCCUCUCCCUGGGAUCCAACUGAAGCCCGAACUUCAGCUCCCAGCCCCGCCCGCCGCAUCAGCUCCGAAGCUCCCCUCCUCCGCCACCAGCAGUCUCCGCCCUCGAAGGGGCGUCUAGU